ACAUAUUCUUAGAACCAGGCCGUGAACGCAUCACCGACCCGCAGCGCUCUGGCGACACCUAGCGGACGCAGCAGGACCUGCAGACCGGCCAUGUCUCCGCAUCGCCGCCGCUCGAUGCAGCUCCCGCACUGACGCCGCUCGGCCGCUCUCUCACCGUCUGCGGGACCGAACCUCAGAACCGAACCGAACGGCCCACCGGAGCUUUGGCGGGAUCCUUGCGGCAGCAGCAGCAGCCAUGGCCGGCCUCCCUCUCGUCUCUGUCGCGGUUCUUUUGUGCUGCUGGGGGGCCCUAAGCCUGGACCUGAGCCAGCCCGUCGGCCCCCCCAGUCUCCUGUCCACACUCUUGUUCAGGAGAGAGAGUCCAAAAGAGCCUCAUUUCAUCCAGGAGUCGGUCCGAUCCAAACGGCAUGCCGUCGCCGAGCUUGUGCGUGCUCAGCCUCAUCUGGUCCAUGACAUGGGCUGGCCGGAAAUCUACCAAGCCGCACCGUCACCUCCUAUGGAGCUGGCCAGCUCCUCCCAGCUGAACACGGCUCCCUCAGCUCCCCUGGAUGUAGUCAGGACCGGAGUGGACGGAAGCCUGGAUAAGGAAGAGGACAUGGAGCGUAUGGUUCAUCUGGCCGUCCCCAGACAAACUGAUGACGUUCUGGGACACCCAGAGUCUGGGGAGGUGGAGCUUCCUGGUCGUCUAAGAACUGUUGAUGUUUCUAAUGAGGCGUCUGGCUUCAAUGGGAUGGACACAGAAGAUAGAGGAGAAGAAGGAGGAGAGGAUCAGGAAAGAAGAGGAGAACUUGAGUGGGAAAAGGACAGAGAGAGAAAAGAGGAAGAAGUCUUAAACCAGGAGAACCAGACGGUAGACAGGACCAAUGAGGACAUUCCAGAUGUCGCACACUCUACCACAGAUCCACAUAUGAGGAUUGAUUUUGCUACGGCUUUACAUCCGUCCAAAGAACCUGGAAACUCCUUUCCAGCUGCAGAUCAGGAUUCUGGGCUGCAGGAGCUCCAAGCAUCACCUCUUCUGAAGGUACGGAUAGAGGAUUAAUAAAAGAUAAAUAAGAAUGCAAUAA